UUUAUUGACGAAACUUAUAUUCUUUUAAAAAUUCGAUGUUCAUAAAAAGAGCAAAAUCGAACUACCAAGCUAUUAGUAGAAAACCGGGUGUUGUGUUUCAGCUCCGCAUUUCUUGCUUCACGAGUCCGACGUACUAACUUAAACACUCAAAAAGAUUCUGAAAUGGCGGAAGAAGGUUUAUUAGCUUGUCCAGAUAAAUCAUCAUCUACUUCACUUCUAUCUGAAAUAUCAAAUGUCUCCACGAGACCUUUUGUUCUUGCCUUCACUGCAUGUUCUUGCGGUGCCUUUUCCUUUGGUUGCAUUGUUGGAUAUACGGCUCCCACACAGUCCAGUAUCAUGAAAGACUUGAAUCUAUCCAUAGCUGAUUAUUCACUUUUCGGAUCGAUAUUGACUGUUGGACUAAUUCUUGGAGCAGUAAUCUGUGGGAAAUUAACAGAUUUGGUUGGUCGUGUCAACACAAUGUGGAUUACAAACAUCCUCGUCAUAUUCGGCUGGUUCGCUAUUGCAUUUGCCAAGGGUGUUUGGCUGCUUGAUAUUGGAAGGUUUUUGCAAGGGAUCUCGGUCGGCAUCAGCUCAUAUUUGGGGCCGGUUUACAUCACCGAGAUAGCACCAAGACACUUGCGCGGAGCUGCUUCUUCCUUGUCUCAGUUAUCGGUUGGCGUUGGUAUAUCCGUCUUGUAUGCACUUGGAACAGUAGUUGCUUGGCGCGAUUUAGCCAUUUUGGGAGCUAUACCUUGUCUUAUGAUUGUGCCUCUUCUUUUCUUCAUCCCUGAAUCUCCUAGAUGGCUAGCUAAAGUAGGAAGGGAAAAGGAGGUGGAGGCUGUUUUGAUAAGCCUACGAGGAGCAAAAUCGGAUGUAUCAGAUGAAGCAAAGGAGAUAGUAGAAUAUACACAACAUGUUAAAGAACAACAAGACGUCAACAACGCCCCUGGUUUCUUCAAGCUGUUUCAACGAAAAUACGCUUUUAUUGGAAUCGUUCUUAUAGCUUUGCCUCAGCUUGGUGGUCUUAACGCUUAUACUUUUUACACUGGCUCCAUCUUCACCUCUACUGGUGUGUCAAGUGACGUUGGAUUCAUAUCGACAUCCAUCAUUCAGAUAGCUGGAGGCAUUUUAGGUACUGUGCUUGUGGAUGUAUCCGGAAGACGUUCACUCCUACUGGUUUCUCAAGCUGGAAUGUUCUUGGGUUGUCUUGCAACGGCCAUUUCAUUCAUCUUGCAGAGGAACAAAUGCUGGGAAACAGGAACACCUAUCUUGGCUCUGAUUAGUGUUAUGGUAUAUUUUGCAUCAUACGGAUUAGGCAUGGGACCUCUACCAUGGAUCGUAGCAUCAGAGAUAUAUCCAGUAGACGUGAAGGGAGCGGCAGGAACAGUGUGUAACUUGGUUUCGUCUAUAAGCUCAUGGAUCGUUACAUACUUCUUCAGUUUCUUGCUUCAAUGGAGUUCCACAGGAACAUUUAUUAUCUUUGCCACAGUGAUGUGUCUUGGAAUUGUGUUCACAGCCAAGCUUGUUCCAGAGACCAAAGGGAAAUCUUUAGAAGAGAUUCAUUCUCUGUUCUAUGAUUCUCCUCUUGAAAAUUCUACAACAUAGUAAAAAAUAUGUUAAUAUUACGACGAUCCUAGCUUUGAAACUCUAGACCACAGCUAGUGAAGGUGUAUGGGAAGACGAUGAUGUAGCAGAGCUGAAGUAGUUCAUGAAGAGUGACAUGAACUACUACAUCAGAGAGGUGGUUCGUGAGAAGCACGUAUCAAGACCGAUGCAUUAAAAGAAGAUUUAAUGAAGAGGGACAUUAAAGGAAGACUUGAAGAAGAAGCAAUCGAUCUAAAAAGAAAAGGAAGAUUGGCUUAUUCGCUGAAGUAGAAGAAAUGGAAAGUUUCCAUUGGGUAGAUAGAUUAGAUCUAGGGCUUCCUGAAAGAUAUAUAAAGGAAGCGUUGGCAAUGUGUUGCCGGUUAACACACAGGGAGAGCUUUUAGCAAUAGAGAGUUUUGUACGUCCCAAGAAGGAGAAGCAAAGCAUCUAGGGGUUAAGAGCUUAGGUGGUUCAGAGUCUGUCUUAGAUCUCUGAACGAGUUGACUAGCAAACAAGUCGAGGUUUGUCUUGAGCUUGUUUGAUUUAUUGCUUUUAAGAAGAACGUGUAAGAGCUUUUGAAAGAAUAAAUAUAGUCGUAUUUCUUGGAA